GCUCAUGCUUUCGCCCAUGCAGCUGAAGAAUUCGAGGAGAAAGAAUUGUGGGCUAAGGCGAUGGAAGCCCAUUUUCGUGCCGCCGGUAAAGAAUUACAACGCCGUAUAGGAAAGCAAGCACAACAAUCCCCAAACCAACCACAAGAACGAUUAAGCGUACCGGCUUCUCAUAGUAGAAGGUCGUCAACCACUCGAUCAAAACCAGGUACUGCUACACCGGAAAAGAGUAAUUCUGUUCAAAGGACACAUCAAUCACAAUCUAGACAAGGAUCAUUAUCCACACAACCAACAAAAUAUUUGAGUUCUCAACAUGUUUUAAGUGUUCAGAUACCACCUAAUAGUAGUGACAAGAUGGCUUCCGAUCUGUUGAGAUCUGGUUUUACCACCUCUGUUGGUUCUAAUGGUGGUUCUAAUAGCAUAAAACGGAAUCCCGGAUGGCCUGACCCUACGGCUUCAAUGGGUGUUUCAAGGGAGACGAUAACAACGUCUAUUACCCCAAGUAUCUCAUUAGAAGGUUCAUCUAGCUCUGAGAAAAUUGAUGAAUCUUAUAUGGUGUUGCGAGGAAACGAUUCGACCGAUGAUGACGAUUCAGAUCCUUUCAAUAAAUUUUGGGGAAUUGUUGAAACGUUAGUUUCUAAAAUAUCUAAUCCAUUAACCAACCCGGUUGCUUUCGCAACUUUACCUCUAAACGUAUCUGAAUAUGCUCGAACGUCAUUUGAUCCAAAUACUAUUCACCCUCCUUUACCAUUUGGUAACAAUGGCGUUGAUGUUGUGGAUGAGUUAAAUGCUGCUAUGAUGGAAUCUUUUUAUAUUAUACCCAAAGAACAAAGAUUAGGCGGCACAGCUGGUGGUUACUCUCGAUCAUCAACAUUGUCGCCCGGAACUCAUCUCUCAUCUGGAAGUAGAAAUACUUCAACAAAAACUUUAGAAGAAUAUGCGAUGGAGAACGCACAACUUAAAUCUGUCAUAGACAAUUUGUCUAAAAGGAUGAUGGCUUAUGAAAGGGCUGCAGAAGAGAGUAGUAUGUUAAAAAGUAGCAUUUUACAAUUUAAAAAUGAUUUGCAAAAACAGGCCAAGCAAAUCAAAGCUAGUAAAGAAAUGCUGCGCUCAUCUCACGUAGCAAAACAGGCUUCACCUGAAAUUGGCAACGCGCAAUCUCUUCAAAAACGUGUCAAAGAGCUAGAAGAGGAACUUCAACUCGUGAAAGCUGAAAAUGAGAAACAGGACCGCUUGGAAAAGAUAAAGGAAUCCGCAAUGAAAAAACGUGUGAAUAAAAUGAGUGAUCAAUCAACGCUUCCCGGCAGC